GCCUUUUCGAUGGUGGGUUGGACUACGUCGUCCAAGGUGCCUUUAUGCUGAUGGAGCAGCACCGUCGGCAGGAGGAGGAGAUUGCUCGCCUUCAGGAGGCUGAGAAAAAAGCUGCCUCGGCCGAUGAGGCCUUGGUUUCCCUGGAGCUUCUCCGAUCCGAGGUCCGCUCCCUGAAGGAAAUGGCCGAUGCGGCUGAAGCACGGGCCGCUGCAGCUGAGGCCAAGUUGGAGGAGGAGGCCGCAGCCCGCCGGCUGGCAGAAGAGGAGGCGGAGGAGGCUAUAAAGCUCAAAGCUCGAGCUGAGGAAGCGGCCGAGAAAGCCAUUGACCUCUUUAUGGCCGAGGGGUGGAAGGACGACGCCCAUCGGGAGUUUUGCUUCAAGGUCGUGGCCGACCGCUUCCAGGCCUGGUCGCAAGAAGAUCCGGCCGGCCAAGCUUUUUGGAAGCAAGAGAUGGAGGUCUUUUAUGACCUAGGCCAGCGGCGCAUGCAAAUGCUGGUCUACCGUAGGCUACGUCGGCGUGAAGAACUUGAGGCCACAGGGUAUCGGCCUUCCCAGGCUGAUGAAGGACCCUGAAGAGGAGUUGAAGCUUCCACUUGCCGAAAGGCAACGCCCCAUUCUAAGUUCUGAUGAAGAAGAUGGGCCGUGGACCGAGAGUGAUGACUACCUCUUUCGGAGCUCGGUUAAGUCAAAAACCGCCGAGGACGACGAGGAUGACGCCGAUAGUGGGGCAGUUGAUGGAGGCCAGGGGCAAGCCGGAGAUGUAGCUUGAUGCUAUGCUUUUUCCUUCUUUUGUUUUUGGACGUAGCGUUUGAUAGUAUUGUAUUGGCCGAAGCG